AGUUGGUCGGGAGAUAACUUUGCCUAGACGCAGGUUUCUCUCUCUCACCCAAGGAAGAAGAAGUUUUCCAUUACCACAGCGCAGGUGAGUUUGGAUUUGGAUCGGGAGAGGUGGGAGCAGUGGGAUUGAUAGAUAAUCAGAGACAUCAGAAGGGAGAAAAUGGCAAGGGAAGUGUCAGAGAGUUGCGUAGAUAGUCUACUGACGGAGAUGGUGGCAUCCUAUUGCAAUCGGUUCUACGCCAAUAAACCCGAGCUCGCCGCCCGCAGGAUCGAGGCCAUUGGAUAUCAAGUCGGUCACCAGCUCUCUGAAAGGUAUACCAUGGAGCGGCCUCGGUUCAGUGAUCAUCUGGAGGCUAUCAAAUUCAUCUGCAAGGAUUUUUGGUCUGAGCUCUUCAAGAAGCAGAUUGACAACUUGAAAACUAACCACAGGGGUACCUUUGUGUUGCAAGAUAAUAAAUUUCGCUGGCUUGCACACAUGUCAAUUGAUCCAUCAGUUGAUGGAAGUUCAAUUGAAGAUAAUUCUGUGAUUCCAGCUGAAAACAAGGCAGCACAAGCAGUGAGCAUGCAUCUUUAUUUCCCGUGUGGGAUCAUUAGAGGAGCUCUUUCAAACUUAGGAAUCCCUUGUGCAGUUUCUGCAGAUAUAUCUAAUCUUCCAGCAUGUUCAUUUGUGGUCCGCAUAAAAGCUUGAACAGCUUAUAGCUAUGUUGCUAUUCAUUUGCACAGCCUUUAAGCAUUUACAUCUUGCGAAACAUGCUUUGGUUUGGUAUCCUGGAGUUUUCUGGAUUGUAGAAUAUCGACGACUUGUUGAAUAGGAAGGGCUUCCAAGAAGCCACUGGGGACGCAUUCUUUCACAUGCAGGUUUUGAUGAAGCUUGCGGUGAUAUAUUGAUUCCUCAUGAAUUGUGUCUCAUAAUAUGAAAGAACGUUGAGUCGCAGUCUUAUGAUGCCAAAUACUCCGAUUGUGUGGAAUGAGUGCCGACCUCGUAACGUGUAUCCUCAGGAUAUUCUGACCACCUAUUUGUUUGAACCUGUCUUCUUUAAAGUUGUCUAACGUAAAUCGUGAAAGUUUGUAUUUUGUCUUUAGAAGGUUGAUAUCACUGAGGAGAUUUAUUGAAUCGGCGGCACUCACGUUGUUGAGAUCACAAGUCCCUACUAGCCCAAGGGAAAUAAAAGAGAAAAAAAGUGGUGAGCGAUAUUUUUGAUGAUCUCAGUGAGGUGGAUAUCUUAUUUAUUGUUGGGAUGAUAAAACUUUUAAUCCUCAAGUCUAUCCAAGUUAACAAUUUGGUUUUUCAA